ACCAUGGCUGCUGCAUCGUCGUCGACGGCCGCGGGGACGAACGCGACAGAGCAGGACGCGCUCAAGGCGCUCACGUUUCAACGCUUGCACCCGAAAACUUAUCUUGAGCGGUUUCUGGCGGAGAAUGUGAGACCGGACGGGCGCGACUUUGACGAGUGGAGGGACAUUUCUGUGAAUGUAGGCUCGAUCUCAACUGCGGACGGCUCUGCGCUCGUCAGGCUGGGUUCGACGACGGUUGUAUGCGGCGUGAAAGCGGAAAUUGCAGAACCAGAGCUCGACAAGCCGAAAGAUGGCUUCCUAGUCCCCAAUCUCGACCUUCCCGCCAUCUGCUCUCCGAAGUUCAAACCCGGGCCUCCAACAGAUGAGGCGCAAGUGAUCUCAGACAGACUGAACGACGUCCUCAUCUCAUCAGGCGUGGUAUCCACAUCUUCGCUGUGCAUCGAGCCCAGCAAGUCGGCAUGGGUGUUGUACGUCGACGCAACAUGCAUCAACUACGAUGGGAACGCGUUUGACGCGACACUUCUCGCGAUGGUGGCGGCGUUGAAGAACACACGACUGCCGAAGGCGAGGUAUGACGAGGACCGGCAGCAGACCAUCUGCUCGCGCAAGGUCAAGGAGCCUCUUCAGAUUGGCAGACUACCUGUGUCAUUUUCCUUCGGCAUAUUCGAUGGAGCGUAUAUACUGGCCGACCCUACAUCUUUCGAGGAACCCCUGCUUGAUACAUCGGUGUCAGUAGUGGUCGACGACGCCGGUGGCCUCAUCUCCGUCAUGCAACUUGGCCUGGGAACAGCGGACGGACAGGACUUGCUAUCGACGUGCAUCGACGCAGCGAAGGAAUGCUGGCAGAAUACACGAAAGGAUGUAUACGCGACGUCCUGACAUCGCGAGUAAGGCGCCUGAAGCACAUGUCACGCUGAUUGUCCGUGGUAAAAGCCAAGACGCCCAUCUCCAGGUUUGCGCCUGUUGGAGAAGCCUGCAGUAAACUCGCGCCUGUCUGCUCACACGUCCCAAUCAACGCGUGCGAUGGUCCAAAGAUGGCCCGCUUCAUUUCCGGUCAGCGGAGGAAGGCACAAGUCGUGACACACGUAAACCACGUCUGUAAUAGCACACGCCCGAGGUGCUAUCUCGCUUUGCAAUAUUCAGUUCUUCAUCUUCUUGAUCGGUGAAGCACACACGCGUCCCCCUAGUGCCCUAGACAAUCGUGAGCACGAUUGCUACGUUUUCAAACUUCAGUUCCAUUCUGGAAUGGGAAGCGGUCUUGUUCGAGCAAGUACUCUCCUGCGAGAGGGUUGCUUCAAGCUUCCGGUUAGGAAGGCGCAUAUUUCAUCAUGAUCUUGUCGAUGGCGCCAUUGGUCAAACCAGGUCCAGAACACGGGAUUCUAAGCACAAGAAAGGAACGACGGAAGGUACCGCUACCGCACAGGAGCUCUCAAGGCAUGAACAGUACUUCUCUCGAGAUCAUACCGCAGUUAGCUUGAUCUCGUGUCGUCCUACGCUGAGGAUGGGUUUCGAGACUCUGCUCCUUCAACUUGGUGUUCCAACGGCCGACAGCGUCGACCAACUCAACGUCGUCUGCAUGCAGCCUCUCCGGGUCUCGGUACGGCUUGUCAUCUUCCCCCUUCGAGGUCGCGUAGUAGUGGACAACGAGUCCAUCUGGCCGCGAAUGGUGGAACCCCCCACUGCAUCGUAAGGGGUCAGCGUACUGCGGGUCGUUCCCUCGCAGGACGUACGCCUGCGUCGUCAUCGGUACGUGCUGAACUUCCGACCCCACGAUACGCAUGUGGACGCGCGCCAAGCGCCUAGGGUAGUCCCCAGGGCGCACGGUGAGGAGCUCGAGGCUGGCCGUUCGCGUCCAUCGUCACCUUGCCGCGGAGUGUGGAUGUCGCGAAGUAGUGUCUUUCAGUGAUAACCAGCAGAAAGGGUGCAUACU